UCUCGUUCUGAACGAUUAAUUUCCAAAAUGGCGCUUGAUGUUGAUAAAAAAAAUCUUUUGUACUGAAUGUUUAUAAAUUUGAUAAAUAUGAAAUCUCUUAAAUAAUGCAGACAGAUAAGCAAGUAAAGAAGAAGUCAAGAACAUGGGCUGAAGCAGCUAAACUUGUCUUGGAGAAAUAUAAACAGACACCUAUGAGCCAUAAGGCAAUACUAAAAUCAAUUCAAGAAGACAAUUUAAAAGAUAUAAGUGGUUCCGUUCCUUUAGCUUGCCUUAAUUCCUGUUUACAUGCCUAUUCCCGCGGUAAGGAGGCUGUAUUUUACAAAGUUGAAGGAAGAUCUGGUGUGUAUGGAUUAAUGAGCGAUAGGCCAGCUGGCUCAAGUGUACAAGAGGUUACAGAGGAUAUAGGAGAAGAAAGUGACAAGGAAAAACCUUUUAAGGAAAGAAGAAAGGAAAAUGUGAUGUAUGUAAAGCUACCAAAAGGCUCCAAGACAAUACCCCAGACUGAAUCGGAUGAAGAGGAGAUACUAUCAGUAGUGGACGAAAAAGACCAGAGCAGUUCAGCCAUGUCUUCUGAGACCCUGGACAACGGAACAAACUCCUCGACGGAGAGCACAUCUCUCAGGAGGAGCAUGAGGCAACAGAAAAAGAAGAGACCUGACUUCCCCAGGAUUAUCAUUAAACCUAUACCACCUCCUAAAGAAGAUGAAAAGGCAAAGGAAACAACAAAGGUGACUUUUACAAGGGUAGAAAAUGGUGUGAACCACAGUUCUGAUGACAACCAGAGUGACUCGUCUGAGAGAUCUCCAGGAUUGUCAGGCUUCCAGAAAACUCAAACCAUGAGGGAAAUGUUAGCUGGUAUCCCCGGCAUAAGUAUGAAGCCAAGAAAAAGUAGAAACAGAAAGCUUAGUCAUGCAGCACAGAUUGCCCAAACCAAGGAGGGGUGUAUAGAUCUGGAGACUCCUGACUCCAUUCUGGUCAACACCAACCUUCGGGCUCUGUUUGGUAGAUCUACUUUUAAUCUGUUACCUGUACAUUACCAGUACAAACUUCUUCAACUCCUUCCAGAAUGUGACAGAAUUCUGGAAACGGAAAGCAAAUUCAGGAUGAGCACAACUGCUUUUAACAAUGAAUUCUUCAAUAAGGCUUGUGAAGAAUGGAGGGAGAGGUUAUCAGAAGGUGAAUUUACUCCAGAAAAUCAAUUACGAUUGAAACAAGAUGAAGAAAAGGAACAAACAAAACUAGAUCCUUGGAAGGCCAAGCACUUUGAACCAGUGUGGGGAAAGAGGUUCAGUGGUCAGGCUGUCCCAAAGGCUGAUAUUCCAUCUCCCCCUCCCCAACCUCCUAUCCCCAAAAUGAAAAUCAAGCCAGCACUGAAAAAAUCCACAACAAAGGUGUCUACAUUAAUCAAACAGGAGAAGAUAUCACAGACUGUGUCACAACCUGUGGUUAACAGUACAUAUGUUAGUGAAACUUCAUCUCAAAGUGGACUCUUGUUGAAAAUUUCUCAUGAUAAAUCCGAAUUUGUGAUGAGUCGCAGUGACAAAAGUGUGAUGCGUCAUCAAACAUUGAAAAGAUCUCUAUCGGGUGAUAUUAAGAAUGAGGAUGGAGGUGAGAGUCCCUCAAAGAAAAACCGUGUAACCCCAGUACACUCUCCUCUGAAGACUGUUAUUCAAGUGUGUACAGCAAAUCAGAUGGCAAAAAUCACCAGGCCUGUGACAAUAGAUACCAGUCCAGGUGUGAACCAGCCAAAACAAGUCUCCCUCUUAAGCACGGCUACCUCACCUGUUCUUUCACAGAUGCAACAAACUAUUUACUCCGCUCCGAGAUCCCAAACACACAUUUCUCCCCCCAAAACAUCCCAAGAUAUGUCAUCCCAAACUAGAACUCUCGCACAAAUCAAAGUCCAGACAAAUGCAGUGAGAGGUGCACCUGUACAAAUCGAGAGACAGACUAGAACUCUUGCCCAAAUAAAAGCUGAGACCAGAGCUAAAAUUCAGAUGAGAAAUCAAGGAAAACCACAAGAAGUAAAUGCUCCCACAACUGUGAAAAAAUUGACAUUCCCAAGUGCAACAGUGGCAAGACAGGUCCCUAACAUCCUUCAUGGCCGACAGCGAAGUAUCCCCAGCAAGGCACCGUCUUCUCCUCCCAAUCCCAAUGUUCCUGAACCUCCCGAGGAAACAAAAGACGGGAUCAAAUUGAAAAGAUCUUUACAGAUUUGUAAAGAUGUGAUAAAGAAAACAGGAGGACUCUCAUAUCAAGUCAAUGCAGAUGGCAAAGUUAAAAUCAAUACUCCUGUGUCCACUACAGAACCUGUUGCUAUUUUAAAACAAGAUCCAAAGCCACCAGCCCCUGCAUUGUUGACUCAGAGUGCAAAAAGUGCCUCAAAAGUUGUAUUUGCCAACCCUCCUGCUUCUGAAAAUAUGACAACUCUUCCUUCAAUCUCUGGUAUUCUCCCAGUUUCCUCCAGUUUACAGACUUUGGCUUCUAGUAAUUCAGAAGCAUCAGAACAGUUUGUUGUGCGUGUGACGAAACCCCCGACUACAUUACAGCCCCAGCUAACAACAGCUAGGGUGGUAACGGUUCCAGGAUCAAAUGCCAAAUUUCUUAUUCCCUCUGGAAUUCCAACCACAGCAGUUGGUAAUUCUAGUAUUGUACAGAUUUUGAACUCUGCUCCUGGAAGCAAUUUAGUGACUAUGCAAUCACUUCAGCCCUCAAGAGCCUCCAGUGCUCCUCCCCAGAAUGAAAUUAACCCAGCAAGUGUUCAAGUACAAGCUGUAUCCAGAUCAGCUAGUGUGGGAUUAAGUAGUAACAGAGUAGAAGCCGGCUCUUCUCAGCAGCAUCUCCAUUACUUGCUGCAACAACAACACCAGAAUCAGCAAAGGCAGAAGAUUGUCCGAGUCCAACAACCAAUGUCUGGUGAGCCCAGCACUUCUCAGUCAAAAGUUGCAGACUCCUCAACAACCCCUGAGGCCAGCAGUACAGAGGGUAACUCAGUCAUGGUUCAACAAACACCAGUAACUGCUGCUCCUGAAUCAUCAUCUGCUAAACCCCCACAAGCACCUGCAGCAACAGUGUCAAGGGUCAUUGUCAGUAGCGCGAGUCAACUGGUCAGUCAGAUGAAAAAGGAGGCACAACUGGGGAAAACUUUGACCAACCAGGCCUCAGUUGUCACAGUUCCUUCAUCAACAGGAAACGGCACAACGAAAAUUGUUCUGCCUACUGCAAUCUUGACCAGUGCUUUGGCAGGGGGUGAAAAUGCUAGCUGUGCUUGUAGUUUGAAAGCAAUGAUCAUGUGUAAGAAAUGUGGGGCAUUUUGUCACCAUGACUGCAUUGGACCUUCUAAACUCUGUGUGACUUGUCUGAUAACAACCUCAUAGUGUGACUGAAUGAAGCAGAAAUGGUGAAUAUGAUGCCAAACUUAUGGGAGAGAUGAUUUUGUUUGUUUAUUUUUUUUUUUUUUCACAAGGGAUUUAUCUGUGGAUAAACAUAUAGUUCUAUCAAUCAUUUUUCAGAAAAAGGUAUCUAAACAGGGUGUCUUUUUACUGAUAUACUGUGAAUCACUUUUCAUUCGUGAGAAUUUUUUUUACAUAAUUACCAGUGAUUGUUUGCUCGUGAAAAUUCUAUUGCGGUCUAUAUUCCCAUUAUGAAAGAUUAUAUUCAGCAAUAACCAAAAUUUGUGAAAAGUCUAAUUCAUAAAUAUCAAAUGAUAAUCUCACAAAAAUAAGAUUGCACAAAUAUUGGUGAUCCUUAGUAACUUUUCUAAUAGAUAAGUAUGGCUCUCAAGGUCCUUGCUUUGAAAUGAUCAAAGUGAUCUAUUUCAAAUUACCCUUAAUCCAAAAUUUAUAUGUAUAACCAUGACAAAAGACACUGUCAUAUUGAAAUGCACAACUACUUCAACAUUCACAUAAAGUUUUCACAUAAAAGUUUUUUAACUGAAUCGAAAAAAAGUGUGUAAAGAAGUAUGCAGCCUACAUAUCAUCAGAUUUUUUUCAACAAAAAAUGUAUACAUUACUAGGAGUUUCAAGCAGAUAUCAAAUGAUGAAAAUCUUUUUGAUUCCUAGAAAAAUUUGACAAAAACAUAGUUUAAGCAGGCAUUUUCUCAUUUUUUUAAGGAGAUGUUCUGCAUUGCAAAAAGGUUUAGUCAUUGGAGGUUGUAAAUUGUACACAGAAUAAGUCAAUUAAAUUCAAAGCUAUAUUGUGUAUGUCCACAAAGUAGAUAUGCAUAUAUUUUUAAACAAAUUUUAUUCACAUUAGACUUAUUAUUUUAAUUUUAAGGGAGGGGGGUGGUCUUGUGAAAGAAGGUUUUAAUGCAAGUAAUUUGGUAUUGCAGAAUGGAGUGAAAUCAUUUUAAAUGAAGUUAAGUCAUUAGAAAAAGGAACAUGGUAUAUUUUGAAUCUCAUACAAUAUAAUUUAUUGAAUGACAAGGUUUUAUUGAAAGGGAAAUUCAGAAUUGUGGUAAAGUGUGUAAGACAUUUUAUAUAUACUACACUGUAGUAGUUUUAUGGAAUGAUGAGCAUCAUUUUUGCGAAAUGAGUCUUUGUCUUUUUCUGGCAUUCUGUUCAUAUUGACCCUGUAAGAUGAAAAAACACUGAUCAUGUUUCAUGAAGAUAAUAGUCUAUGUAAAUAUACUUCAUGUGCAAGUACAUGUACUAAUAUGCACUAUUUAUUUAACAUUCAUUCCACAGUUCUUUUGUAGAGAAUAAAAUAUUUUAAAUAAACUCUUUAAAAAAAAAACAUCAUGCAAAUGAGUAUCAAUGGUACAAAUUAUUCUGUUCCACAAUGCAAUGAAUAUUUUUACGAAAGUCAUUAAACAAAAUAAGAUGUUAAAAUUAUUUUGCAACGAGAUGUUGUGAGACUGAAUUGUUUGAUCGAGGACUGUAUUGAUAACAGUUUCUGCUUGUGUGGUGGUCAAAGUGAUGAAUGAUGUUUUAAUUGUGAGAAAUGUGUACUACUGAAUAUAUUAAAAAGUUUUAAGCUA